UAUCAUCUCCUUGUCAAUCAUGCGCCUUCACAAAGUUUAUCAUCGUUUCUCUCUCAUUCCUCUCUCUCCUCCCUCCCUUCUUCACCAUCACCCUCUCAAGCCCCUUUCAUCCUCCUCCACUCCGUACUUUCUCUCUCUCAAACUCUCUCGUUCCUCGCCAAUCCACUCACAUUCCAAAAACGCUCUCAAGUCCAUUAGAAAAUCCAUGACCACCUCAACAAGAUUUCACAACCUUGUCCCCGUCAACGCCGAAGGCGGUGAUGGUGACGGUGGCGGUGGCGGUGCUACAAACGGUUCUCUUUCUUCUUCUUCUACUUCUAAUACUAAUACAGCUCAAGAUGAAGAAUCGGCAUUGGAUGGGGGAUAUCGUCUUCCUCCUCCAGAGAUUAGAGAUAUUGUUGAUGCUCCACCCCUGCCGGCAUUGUCAUUCUCACCUCAUAGGGAUAAAAUAUUAUUUCUUAAGCGGAGAUCUUUGCCUCCAUUGACAGAAUUAGCAAGACCAGAGGAAAAGCUUGCUGGUAUCCGGAUUGAUGGAAAAUGUAACACUCGGAGUCGGAUGUCAUUCUAUACUGGUAUUGGUAUCCACCAAUUAAUGCAUGAUGGUACACUUGGACCAGAGGUAGAGAUACAUGGCCUCCCAGAUGAUGCUAAAAUCAAUUUUGUUACCUGGUCAAAUGAUGGUCGGCACUUAUCGUUCAGCAUCCGAACCGACGAGGAAGGUGGUAGCAGUAAGCUUAGAGUAUGGGUUGCUGAUGUGGAAACAGGGAAAGCUAGACCUUUGUUCCAGUCACCAGAUAUCUAUCUAAAUGCAAUUUUUGACAAUUUUGUUUGGGUGGAUAACUCAACCCUCUUAGUUUGUGCCAUUCCCUUAUCUCGUGAAGACUUACCGCAGAAACCUUUAGUGCCCUGUGGUCCUAAGAUUCAGUCUAAUGAGCAGAAAAAUAUUGUUCAAGUUAGAACCUACCAAGAUCUGCUUAAGGAUGAAUAUGAUGAAGAUUUAUUCGAGUACUAUGCCACUACUCAACUUGUUUUGGCUUCUUUGGAUGGGACGGUGAAGGAACUUGGACCACCAGCUAUAUAUACAUCAGUGGAUCCCUCACCAGAUCAGAAAUACUUGUUAAUUACUUCAAUUCACAGGCCAUACUCUUUUAUUGUACCAUGUGGAAGAUUUCCAAAGAAGUUGGAUGUGUGGACAGCUGAUGGGAAAUUUGUUAGAGAAAUUUGUGAUUUGCCCCUUGCUGAGGACAUUCCCAUUGCAUUCAACAGUGUGCGAAAAGGGAUGCGCUCAAUCAACUGGAGAGCAGAUAAGCCUUCGACACUUUACUGGGUGGAGACACAAGAUGAUGGUGAUGCUAAAGUAGAGGUUUCUCCCCGUGACAUAAUUUAUACACAACCCGCUGAACUGCUUGAAGGUGAACAGCCAACAGUUCUACACAAACUUGAUCUUCGAUAUGGAGGAAUUUCUUGGUGUGAUGAUUCGCUGGCUCUAGUUUAUGAAUCCUGGUAUAAAACACGGCGAGUUAGGACCUGGGUUAUGUCUCCUGGAUCUGACGAUACAAGUCCACGCCUGCUAUUUGAUAGGUCGUCUGAGGAUGUGUAUUCUGAUCCUGGUUCUCCAAUGUUGCGGAGAACUACUGCUGGGACGUAUGUAAUUGCUAAGGUAAAGAAGGAAAAUGACGAAGGCACUUAUAUUUUACUAAACGGAAGUGGUGCAACGCCAGAUGGGAACAUCCCAUUCCUGGACUUGUUUGACAUAAACACAGAAGUUAAAGAACGAAUAUGGGAGAGUGACAGAGAAAAAUAUUAUGAGACUGUGGUUGCUUUAAUGUCUGAUGAGAAUGAAGGAGAAUUGAACAUUAAUCAGUUAAAAAUACUAACUUCCAAAGAAUCUAAAACUGAAAACACCCAAUAUUACAUACAGAGCUGGCCAAAUAAGAAAGCAUGUCAAAUUACCAAUUUUCCUCACCCGUACCCCCAGUUAGCAUCAUUACAGAAAGAGAUGAUUAGGUAUGAGCGGAAGGAUGGAGUUCAGCUUACUGCAUCACUGUACCUUCCACCAGGUUAUGAUUCCUCAAGAGAUGGGCCCUUACCGUGUCUGGUCUGGUCAUACCCUGGCGAAUUUAAAAGCAAAGAUACAGCUGGACAAGUUCGUGGUUCUCCUAAUGAGUUUGCAGGGAUAGGUCCAACAUCGCCCCUGCUUUGGUUGGCAAGGAGGUUUGCUAUCUUAUCCGGGCCAACAAUUCCUAUCAUUGGUGAGGGGGACGAAGAGGCAAAUGAUCGGUAUGUGGAGCAACUAGUUGCAAGUGCAGAGGCUGCAGUAGAGGAAAUUACCAAACGUGGAGUGGCUCAUCCGGACAAAAUUGCUGUUGGCGGUCAUUCCUAUGGAGCAUUCAUGACUGCAAACCUCCUAGCACAUGCCCCUCAUCUCUUCUCUUGCGGAGUUGCCCGCUCUGGGGCCUACAACAGAACACUUACACCUUUUGGCUUUCAGAACGAGGAUCGAACACUAUGGGAUGCCACUACUACUUAUGUUGAGAUGAGCCCUUUCAUGUCAGCCAAUAAAAUUAAGAAGCCUAUUUUGCUUAUCCAUGGAGAAGAAGACAAUAAUCCAGGAACCUUGACCAUGCAGUCAGAUCGGUUCUUUAAUGCAUUGAAAGGACAUGGUGCACUCUCUCGUCUAGUGAUUCUUCCAUUUGAGAGCCAUGGUUAUGCUGCCCGAGAAAGCAUAAUGCAUGUCCUUUGGGAGACUGAUAGGUGGCUGCAGAAUUAUUGUGUGUCAAAUACUUCUGAGGCAAAUGCAGAUCUUGAUGCAUGUAAAGAGAAUGCAAGCAAAGGAAAUAUAGAUGAUGAGGGCAAAGCAAUUAGUGCCACUGGAGGAGGAGUUUCGGAGCUGGCAAAUCUUGAGGAUGAAAGAUUUCACUACUCUACACGAAGGUCAUCAUUAUGAUUGGUGCUGAGAGGCAACGAUGUCAAAGCCACCGCCCUUCCUCGAUUUAAGCUUACAACAUCCAUGAUUGUUGCCUAAAAUAUUGUUCCGUACAUUUUGACUUGUGCUUCUGAUGGUCUUUUAGACCCCUAGUCUGUUAGAGAAUGUCUGGCACAAGUGAAGGAUAAAAAAGGGGGAAAAAAAAAAAAAAAAUCAUUUUAUAGAUUUUAUUAGGUGGGAUCCCCUGGGAUAUUUGGUCUGAUGCACUGAAUGUCUGAAUUUGCCCCCUUCUAGGUGGGUAAUGCCCAAAUUGUUGUACCUUGUACUUGAUUUACACAUAUAGUGUAGCCCCAACUAAGGAUAUUUCUCGAACAAUUGUGAGACAAGGUAGGUCGACAUCCUAAAAGAAUGAAUUAUAAUGGUUCCUGAGGUGUACAGUACUUCCAUUGUAUUGUAAGCUUAUAGGGGGAUGUGUACAAGGUUAAGUUCAGCAUGUGUUGUUGAUGAUGAUGUAUCAGAGGAUCCAGAACUCUUCUAUAAAAGCUCUAAGAUGCCUAUGUAAAA